UUUUGUUAUCAUUCAUAAAAUCUUAUCGGUUGUUGAUUGUGGUCUGUGUUAUAGAUAUGCUAAGAAGCACGAUCAGCUGUUAAUCGUUGUUGGUCAAAAGUUUCCAAAAUUAGAAGCCAUGGUGGUUAAAGUUUCUUAUCGUUGAUGGAUGACACACUUCUGUUAUCAAUUUUUGUACUGUUCGACAAAGCAUUGUGAAUAAAUUAUUCCCAGUCUGAGAUGUACGAUUGUUGGUUUAUAGACCUUGCAAUUCAUAUAAAGCAGAAUUCAAAGAACUCAGCAUUCAGUAGAAAGUUACACUUGAAAGUAUUCGUCAACGUUUGCAAUUGCUUUUUGUUAUUCAAGUGUACAUACAUUGAACGAAUAAAGACAAACGAUUGAGUGACUUAACUAUUUUCUGUGUGCCUCUAAACUGAUGAAACUAGUUUUGUAUUUUAUCCAUUGAUAAACUGAAAGUGACUGUUAUAUUAGAAUAUACAGACUAAGAGUUGAACCAAGUGUAGUAAUGGCAUCCAAGCACAAAAUUAUUCAAUUUCAAAACUGUCGUCUGCUGCGCAACCAUCGAUUGACUGUGGAUGAUCUCUGGGUUCGUGCAGGAAAGAUUAUAGAUCCUGAAAAAGUGUUUUUUGAUGAACAGGAGCAAGCAAGCUUACAAAUAAAUUGCAACGGGGCCAUCAUAGCACCAGGCUUCAUUGAUCUGCAGAUUAAUGGUGGUUAUGGUGUCGAUUUUUCCAACGAUGUGACUACAGUCGAACAAGGCGUUCGAAAAGUUUCAAAGAAUCUGCUCGCCCAUGGUGUUACAUCGUUCUGUCCAACGCUGGUUACAUCACCUUCCAGUACAUAUCAUACAGUGCUACCGAAAAUUUCCAAAAAAGCUGGUGGUCAUCAUGGCGCCACGAUUCUUGGAUGUCACGUGGAGGGUCCUUUCAUCAACAGCGAUAAAAAAGGUGCCCAUCCACUGGAGUGUAUUAAGGAAUUUGAACAAGGUUUUAAGACUGUACUCGAAAUGUAUGGUUCGCUUGAUAACAUAAGCAUCAUUACAAUUGCUCCCGAGAAGGAAGGGGCUUCAAAUGUGAUACGGGAGCUGAGUGAGAGAGGUAUCACUGUUGCUGUUGGUCAUUCAAUGGCAAAUCUUAGUGAUGGAGAAGUGGCGGUACAACAUGGCGCUAAACUGAUAACGCAUCUAUUCAAUGCUAUGCUGCCGUUUCACCAUCGUGACCCAGGCCUGGUUGGCCUACUGACUACCGAUAACAUUCCACCGAAUGCUAUGGUUUAUUUUGGAAUCAUAUCUGACGGAGUGCACACCCAUCCAGCGGCUUUGAGGAUCGCCUACAAAACACAUCCAGAUGGUUUAAUUUUAGUUACCGAUGCGAUAUCUGCCAUGGGUCUAACCGAAGGGCGUCAUAGAAUAGGACAACUGGAUCUGGAAGUGCGCAAAGGACGAGCCUACAUCGCUGGUACUGAUACAUUGUGCGGUAGCAUUGCGCCUAUGGAUGAAUGUAUACGAUUUUUCCAGAAAGCAUCCAAUUGUUCAAUCGAAUAUGCCUUGGAGGCGGCUUCUCUGCAUCCUGCUCGUUGUUUGGGAAUAGACAAGCAGAAAGGAACUCUGAAAUACGAUAGCGAUGCUGAUUUUGUCUUAUUGGACGAUUCGCUGAAUGUAUUAUCGACCUGGAUUGCUGGAGAUUGUGUUUUUGAACAAGAUAUUGCCAGUAAAUCUCAUAAAUCGAAUUAUACAAAUGGAGGUUCUUGAUUUCAUUGGAUUUCCUGCCAUAAAGUAUAAUUAAAGGAUGUAACAAAUAUACAUUUUAUGACUAUUUUAUGUCUUCAAAAUAUCAAAUUAUGAAUUAAAC